AUGUCUCAAAAACCGCGAAAGCUUCAACGCGUCUCCAAGGCCUGCGACUUCUGCAAUAGGCGGAGCAUCAAAUGUGGCAGUAGCGAAGACCCGCUGGGUCGGUGCCAGAAUUGUUUGGAUUUCGACGUCCCGUGCACCUUUGAUCGCCCGGCUAAACGCCGUGGCGUUAAAGCUGGUACACGGGUGAAUCCCCGCGAUACUCCAAUCGAUGGCGCAAAGCCGAUCGUUGGUCAACUACUUCCGAUGGGUCGCGGUAACCCUCCAGAGAGGGCGUCGGGCUCUUCAGCCUCCAGGAGCUCGUAUAAUGCCGACACCACUUCACGCCCGUCAUUGACAUUCACAGGGGAUCCCUGGUCUUCUUUCAACACGGGAUGGUCAACAGCUGAAGGGUACGAUGAUGAUGGCGCGCUGCGUAAUUCUUGGAAGGCAUUUGCCAUUUCUUGUGACCAGCAGAUUCGCAAUCUCGUCCAAGUUUAUUUCGAGAUUGUCUAUCCCAUAUUUCCCUUGUUUCAUAAGCAAUCAUUUAUAGAAAGAAUUAACAACCAGGAGCAUCUUCAGAACCAAAGUUUAUUCGCUUCGACGAUGGCGGUCUGCUCAUUGGUAUCAGGUCGCGCCCGGGAUGGAGCAUUGUAUACUAACCGAUGGCAUCGGGAAGAGUUGUCAGAACCGCCAUCGGAGGCAUUCUAUGCAGCAGCCAAAGACUCGCUUCCUCGGGACCUUGCUGCUGCGAAGGGGUUCAAUUAUAUGCGGGCUUGUGCCAUACUUGCGAUCGCCAGCAUCCAAAACGGGCAAAUAAAAAACAUGCAGAAAUACUCAGGCAUGUACCAUACAUUAACGACGAUGGAGGGAUUUCAUGAUGAAAAGCUCUGGCCAAAAGAUAUAAGUCCUAUCGAAAUUGAAGAACGGCGAAGGCUGUUCUGGUCUAUCUAUACUUUGGAUAUCUACUCCACGAUCGUAUGGGGAGGCGUGAUUCGAUAUCGAGAAGCCCAUUCCCUUGUUCGAUAUCCUAGCGAGGUAGAUGAUGAGUUCAUCACCAACCACGGCUACGGCAUGCACACCAUGUCGCCAGAAUCCGCUCUCAGACAGGGCGAGGUCCCGGUGGUCUCAAGGCAACCUGUAUCUUGGAUGCACGGAUGGAACUUUACUACCGAUCUCUAUCGUAUCCUCGAACAUGUGGUUGACGGCACCAAACGGAAAUUUUCCUCCGCGAAUGGAACUCAGGAGGUUUGGUCUCUUUUCAGUCCAGCGUCAAUGUCGGAACCGGUUGUCAUGGAACGAGUGCUUUCCAUGUAUGCUGCACUGCCUCCACAAUUUCGUGAAACGCCACCUACGACCGGCGAUGGGACUCACGACCUCUUUGGUUUUCAAUCUGCGAAUAUUCAGGCGACUUUACAGCUCCUCAGGAUGGUUCUUUUGUCUGCCGAAGAGGUGGGAGUAGACAAGAAGUGCGAUGUAGCUGGUGAGCUGCUCAGUGUAUUUUCGAAGGUCCCAGUGGAAUAUCUGAGGGCCAUCAGCUCUCCUCUGGCUUCUAAGCUCCAUCAUUUGGGAGGAAUUGGCUACAUUCUUGGCUCGGUUAUGGAAGGAAGUUUAUCAGACGCAUCGUAUCGACGCGUUCGUACUUUACUCCUUGAGAUGGCCAGCCUUCUCCACCGUCUUGAAGUUGGUCUCCACCGUGCAGCCGGUGCUAGCGAACGUCUCCGGUCACAAGUUGACCGAAUAGAUGGCUAUAUGCGUACUUCACGAUUAGUCAAUCUUUCAGCCAUUCCUCCACUACAGAACCCGCCGAAUAAUACUCCUGCUCCUGCGCCAGUUGACGUCAAACCCACGAUGCCUCACGCGAGCUUUAAUCCUUCGGCACAACAUAUUGGGCCUGGUGGACCAAUGGACAAUCAAAUGAUGCAAUUUCAAUUGCCGCCGGAACUGCUGGCAGGCUGGCCGUGGCCGUUAGAUAAUUCUCACUCCGAGGGCUUCUUACCAUUGGCUUUCGAAUGA